AUGGCUUGCGAAGACAGCACAGCUUGCGUGGACAGUAUGGCAUCCGAGGACAGCACAGCUUGCAAGGACAGCACGGCGUGGGAGGACAGCACGGCUUGUGAGGGCGGCACGGCUUGCAAGGACAGCACAGCUUGCGAGGACAGCACACCUUUCGAGGACAGCACGGCUUGCGAGGACAGCACAGCUUGCGUGGACAGUACGGUGUCCGAGGACAGCAACGGCUUGCGAGGACAGCACGGCUUAGAGGACAGCUCAUCUAGAGAGGACAGCUCAUCUGGAGAGGACAGCUCAACUUCAGAGGAAGCUCAACUUGAAGGAGAGCUCAACUUGAGAGGACAUCUCAACUUGAGAGGACAGCUCAACUUGAGAGGAAAGCUCACCUGGUAG